AUGGGUAAUGUGAGUGACAACGAGCCAUCAGAAAUAGAGAAGGAAGCACUGGCCAAUCUUCUAUAUUACCUGGAAACAGAAGAAGAAUUGACCAUUGAAUUUCAGCAACUGAUAGCUCUGCGCAUUCUCAUUUACUCAGACAACUUGGAGCUGCAGCAGUCAGCUGCACUCUGUUAUUUGGAGAUCAGUGAACGAAUGCUGGAUUGCCCUACAACAGUCAUAUUGUGCCCUCUCAUUGAUUUGUUGCGGAGAAAAGAUGAUCGGGUAUGUCGAGCAGCCACACAAGCACUCAGUAACUUUCUUCUUCGAAUGCCUUAUUGCAAAACAGAGAUGUAUCCCUGUCAACCAAUACAACCACUCAUAGCUCUUUUGAACUCAAACAAUCCUGACAUUCUUUGUAAUACUUGUGCUUGUUUAACCUCAUUGGCUACUUCAGAUACAUGCAGGUUUGAAAUCCUGGCCGAAGAUGGUCUCCAAUUGCUUUUGAAGAUGUUAUAUAAUAAUAAUGUGCAAGUUCUACGAAAUGCAGUUGGAGCCAUUUUUAAUCUUACACAAAUGGCUGAGAGUCGGGAUGAAAUUGUACGCAAAGGAGGCAUUCCCCUACUGAUAGCAGUUUUACGAGACUGUUAUGACAUUGAUGUACGUUACUACUGUUUUGGAGCCAUUGGUAACAUAGCCAUCACCCCAGAAAAUCGUCAAGCCCUUCUUGAGGAUGAUGACAAAUUAUUGAUCAACUAUUUACUUGUCCUUAAUUUAUCCUCAGAGUCAGAAAAGGUUGUCUGCCAGUGUUUGGUCGCUCUAAGGAAUCUUGCUUCUGAUAGUAAGUUAAUUCUUUUGAAAUGGUAG